AUGGCUGAUGCUGUAAUCUCCAUUCUCCUCGAUCAAUUGGCUUUGGUCACUCGUGAAUAUGUGGGAGAAAAGGUGAAGCUGGUCAUGGGAGUCGAUGAAGAACUUGAAAACCUUCAACGAAAUCUGGUGGCCAUCAAAGCUGUUCUUACAGAUGCUGAAAUGAGACAACUCAAGGAUGAAGCUGUGAAGCUGUGGCUGGAAGAUCUGAAAGAUGUGUCCUACGACAUGGAUUCUGUGCUAGAUGAGUGGAACACUGCCAUUCUCAAGUCAGAGUUUGACCAAAGAGAAAACGGAGCAGAAAGUAGUACCACUGCUGAUGAGAUCCAGAUUACUAAACCCAAGGUCUGGUCUUCUAUGCUCUUCUCUUGUUUUAAUUGUAGCAAACUAAGUCCUCCAUUGAUUUGUCUUCGUCUUGACAUUGCUAAAGAGAUCCAAAUCUUAAACCAGAAACUAGGGAGGAUCAACGAUAGAAAUAAGGUCUUCAGUUUUAAGGAAAUAAGUGCCAAUUCUUUUGAUCUUAAGCGUCCAAACAAUACCACCUCCUUCCUUAAUAUGUCUGUCAUUUAUGGUCAAGACCAUAAUAAGGAAACUCUCAUUGAUCGAUUAGGGGUGAGUGGGAGUAACCGAAAUGACAAAGAACUCAAAUUCAUUCCCAUUGUUGGAAUGGGAGGGAUUGGAAAGACUACUCUAGCCAGAAAUGCUUAUAAUGAUGCUAGAGUUCAAACCCAUUUUAAUGGUAACAAGUUUUGGGUUUGCGUUUCAGACCCAUUUGACAUUGCAAGGAUUGCCAAAGAAAUUAUUGAACAAGUCACUAGUGUAACCCCAACUGUCAUAGGGUCAGAGUCACUAAUGAAAGAAUUUCAUAAAUCUAUUAAUGGCAAGAAGUUUCUACUCGUACUAGAUGAUAUGUGGACCACUGAAUAUAAUGAGUGGGCACCAUUACAAGAGUUGUUGAGAUCCAGUAGUGCUGCUGGAAGUAGAGUUCUGGUCACUACACGGAAUGGGGAAGUGGCCAGAAUGAUUGGAGAUGCAGACAAGAUUUGUAUGAAUAAAUUGAGUGAAGAAAAUUGCUGGUUUUUGUUAAGAGAUAUAGCACUUCCCAACCAGACGGAACAAGAGAGGAAAGGUUUUGAGACAAUUGGUCAAAAAAUUGCACGUAAAUGUAGUGGCUUACCUCUCGCUGUAAAGACUAUAGGGAGUCUUUUGCGUGUUAAAGACAUUGAAGAUUGGCAUGAAAUUUACACAAGUGAAAUAUGGGAGUUAAAAAAUGUGGACGUGGAGCUUUUCAAUCCGUUGUUAUUUAGUUAUUAUGAUCUAACUUCGGUAGAAAGACGAUGUUUUUUGUAUUGCGCUAUCUUCCCUAAAGAUAAUGUGUUUGAAAGAGAUGAUUUGAUCCUUCAAUGGGUAGCACAAGGUUAUUUCAAGUCGAGGAACAUCGAUCAACAUAAAUUUGAACAAAAAGGUCAAAUUUGUUUUCAAAAUUUAGCCUUGCGGUCAUUUUUUCAAGAUUUCAAAUAUGAUCAUUCUAAAUUGACUAUCGAAUGCAAGAUGCAUGAUAUAGUGCAUGAUUUUGCACAGCACCUCAUGAAAAAGGAAUGCUCAGUUGAGGUAGUGUCAGGUGCCGCCGGAAAGAUAGUUAACUUGGAUAUUCGUCAUCUCAAUUUAAAAGUUUCUUCGUCGGUGAUUCCAACACUCUCAAACUCCAAGAAGAAGAAUUUGCACACUCUUAUAGUUACGUGUGACUCAAAGUGCAUAGUUUUGAAAGAAUCAUCAAGUACUCAGAUGUUCCCUCAUGAGCUCUUGGACUUAAAACGUCUAAGGACAUUUAUUUUGAAAGGAAAAUCAAUGGAGUUGCCAACAUAUAUUGGUGGUUUGAUACACUUGAGAUAUUUUAGCAUUUUUUCGGAUGAUAUCCUAGAUGUGCCUCCCUCAAUCGGAAGCUUGUUUAAUCUGCAAACCUUGAAAUUUUUUUGUUUGAUAAAAGAACUUUGUGAAGAAGUUGGAAAACUGAUAAACUUAAGGCAUCUCCACUUAAACAAGGGGUGUAUUCAAAGUUGGCCAAAAAGUAUUAGGAACUUGACAAGCCUUCAGACGUUGGAGAAUGGUUUUUCACCUAAUCUUGGUCAUAGCAAGAAGCUAAUACCGUUACGGGCUUUUCAAAACUUGAAUAAUCUUCGUACAAUUUGUUUGGAAGGCUUAGGAAAAGAAGAACACAAGGAAGAGGCUGAGGAAGAGGCUAAGGAAGCUAAACUUGAUAAUAAAACAGCUCUUGUCCACUUGCAUCUAAUGUUUUUUGCUGGCAAUAGGGAAGACUACUCUGCUAUUGUGAAGAUUGGUGGUAAUACGGAAAUUCAUGAGAUUGUACUUGAAACUCUGCGACCACAUCAUGAAAACUUAAAAUAUUUAACAAUUGAGUGGUACUUUGGUCGGUCCAUUUCUCCUAGUUGGAUGAUGUCGUUGAUUAAUCUAACAAGCUUAUACUUGCGUAAUUGUCAUUACCACGACACAUUGCCUCCUUUGGGGAAACUCCGAUGCCUCGAAUCACUUGACAUAUAUUAUAGUAAUGGUUUGAGGAAGAUAGGGCCUGAGCUUUUGGGAGUAGAUAUCGAUAAUAACACAUCAACAGACUCGUUUCCGAAACUAAAACAGCUCAAGAUCAGUUGGGCAAUGUCGUUGGGGGAAUGGGUCGGGGUGGUGGGGUGGAAGAUGAACGGCCCUUUGAAAAUAAUGCCUUCUCUUGAAUCUUUGGAAAUCUCUUGCUGUCAACUAUCUAGCGAAAUCUUGCCGGAGUACAGGAAAGGACUGGCCCAAGAUUCGUCAUGUCCCAAACAUUACUAUCAGAACCAGAUGAAGUAUAGAGGGUUGGCCCAAUAUUCGUCAAUUUUCAAAUUCAUAUCACAAGUUCAUGAUCAAGUAGUGGUGGACUGGUGA